GUGUCCUUUACCCGCACUCUCCAGCUCCGGUACAUUAGGUAUGCAUCGGAAUGACCCCUUUUAAGUUUCCUAUGAGUUCCGCGGAGUUUACCUUCAGUAGCCGUAGAUCAGUAUCUCAUUCGAUUCUGCUAUCCCUUUUUUCAGCUACGGGUUGCUUUGAUAGCAAUCAUGUUAUUUGACACGCCUGACAUCAACUCUCUUUGAAAGACAUACAACAACAACAACAACAACAACAAUAACAACCUAUACCCAGUGAACUAACAUCCUUUGGAAAACUCACGAUGCCUGUCACCACUUUUGAUUUCGCCGAGAAAUAUCGGUAUCAAAAUGGAUUUGGGUCUUAUUUCGAGACAGAGGCAAUCUCGGGUGCUUUACCUAUUGGUCAAAACUCCCCUCAGAAACCUCCAUAUGGGCUAUACGCUGAGAAGCUCUCCGGGACUGCGUUCACGGCCCCACGUCAUGAGAAUCGGCAGUCAUGGCUGUACCGCAUACUACCUUCAUGUGCACACCCUCCAUUUUCCCCGGCGGAAGAUAGCCCUUUGGAGUCUAAUAAUCCAGUUGAUUCCGCAAAGCUUAAAUAUAUACCGAAUCAAUUACGAUGGGAUCCUUUCAACCACGACGAGCAGACCAACUUCGUCUCAGGUCUACGCUUACUUGCCGGGGCUGGCGAUCCAACUUUGAAGCAAGGCAUCGGAAUGUACGUGUAUGCCGCGGGGAAAUCGAUGGAUGAGCGUUCUGCUUUCUACUCGGCGGAUGGUGAUCUUCUGAUCGUCGCUCAAGAUGGAGUCUUAGAUAUCAGAACUGAGCUCGGAUGGCUUCUAGUCCGACCCAUGGAAAUUUGUGUGAUACCACGCGGGAUUCGGUAUCAAGUCCAUCUACCGUCUGGUCCAGUCCGUGGAUACGCACUCGAACUUUACCAGGGUCACUUCACACUCCCAGAACUAGGCCCGAUCGGAUCGAAUUGCCUUGCCAAUACGCGUGACUUCCAAGCUCCUGUUGCAUCGUUCAGUGAGGACUUUGGUAUUACCGCUUUUGAAGGCCCUAACACAUACGUAAUUACUAGCAAAUUCAACAACUCGUUCUUCCAAACCAAGCAAGCCCAUACACCAUUUGAUGUUGUUGCUUGGCAUGGGAACUACUACCCGUACAAGUACGACCUCGGCCGUUUCAACACCAUUGGAAGUAUUUCGUACGACCAUCCGGACCCUUCAAUAUUCACAGUGCUGUCGGCGCUUUCGGACCAUCCUGGCACAGCUAUCGCCGAUUUCGUUAUCUUUCCGCCGCGUUGGCUAGUAGCCGAGAAUACGUUUCGGCCACCAUGGUAUCACCGCAACACAAUGUCGGAGUUCAUGGGUCUAAUUGCCGGAGAGUACGACGCGAAAAAGGGAGGGAAUGGCGGUUUUCUGCCUGGCGGUGCGAGCUUGCAUAAUGUUAUGAGCGGGCAUGGGCCAGAUGCUAAGAGCUUCGAGGGCGCUUCUAAUGCCGAGCUUAAACCUACCUUAGUUGGUAAAGGUAGCUGCGCUUUCAUGUUUGAGAGUUGCUUGAUGGUUGGCGUGACUGUAUGGGGCCUCAAAACUUGCAAGGUCCAGGAAGGCUACAGUGAAGAAAGCUGGGGCGGCGUACAAACUCACUGGAAGAGGCCCGAAGGUGCAGGUGUCAAUAGUCACUUGCUACAGUAAGAUACCCUCAACGUCAAAAUUGCUCGAAACUCAGGAAAGUUUCUCAAUGGCUCAUACUGCAGUCACAGUUUCGUCUUGGGAAUGUUAUACAAGUGCGAAUGGCUGCGGCAAUUCUAGAUCGAAAACAACAUUUUAUAUCGCGGGCCCAUGAUAUUAGAAAUCAUAGAUUGGAUAGGAGAUUUAUAUUAAGAGUUAUCGCUCGCUUGCUUUCUAUAUACAUGUACAAUUAAUCAACCCA